AAUGGAUAUGUACUAUAUGUCAAUAUUGCUUUUUGAUUCCUUUAUUAUUAUUAUUAUUUGGAACUUAUUCCUAUAUAAAAAAUGGAGGAAAAAAAAAGAAGAAAAAAGAAAAAGAAAAAAUGAAGAAAAGAAUAAAAAAAGAAAAAGAAGCCAACCGACCUACUGAGACGACAGACACUGGUCUUAUCUUUUGGGCUUAAAAUACACCGCCCUUCAAGUAUUAUGAACUCGUAAUUUCGCGUCUUCUCUUGCGAGCUCCUACAAUGGCUACUUCACUCCUCCACUCGCCCUCUUUCAACAACUUCAGGACUGGUCAAGUUUGUCUGCACAUGCACUCAAGCCAGUUGCAGAAGAGCAUUGCGUCUUCCUGUUUUUAUCUCCGAAAUAGAAAAUGCAACAUGAAGCUUUACAUGGUACCUAUUACAUCCAAUUCCCGCCACUGUGUCUUGAGAGCUACAUCUGGCUCAUUAGAAGUACAUGGCACCCAGGAACAAACUCAAGUUUCUUCUGGUGUUCUGGAUCGAGACAACUCUCAGAGCUUUAGCAGGUCUGAGGAGUUGCAUGGCAUCUCAACGCUCCCCUUGGAUGAUAUGAAUGAUUUUGAAAGACAGCUGGAGGAGUUAUUUGAAGAAAUCAAAACUAUGAUUAGGAUGGGGAACAAAAAUGAGGCAUUAGAUCUACUUAAAGCAAAUUAUGAAGGUGUGAAAGAACAGAUGGAUGCAGGUUCUAGGGGCAUAGAAGAGGCUGCUAUUCUUGACACCAUAGCCUUGGGGUACAUGGCCAUUGGGGACUUCAAGAUGGUUGGAUCCUUGUUGGACAUGCUGAAUGAGGUUGUUGAUGGUUUAAAAGGUGAUGAACCUCUUCUGGAUUCAAUACUUACACAUAUGGGAAGUAUGUAUUCAACCUUGGGGAAAUCUGAGAAAUCCAUGCUUGCGUACAUGAGAGUUCUUGAAAUUCUAGAGAGAGUAUAUGGGAGUGAUAGUACUUUUCUCGUCACUCCAUUACUAGGCAUGGCAAAAGUACUUGGUUCUGUAGGAAAGGCCACAAAAGCAAUAGAAUCAUAUCACCGUGCAAUUGCUAUAUUGGAAUUGAGUAAAGGUGCAGAAAGCGAGGAUUUGGUAGUACCUUUAUUUGGCCUUGGCAAUCUUUUAAUCAAGGAAGGAAGAGCUUCUGAUGCCAAAAAUCAUAUUGUUAGAAUUUUGAACAUAUAUAAAAAGUUAUAUGGGGAGAAUGAUGGAAGAGUUGGAAUAGCUAUGUGCUCCCUAGCCAAUGUGAAGUGUGCAGAAGGGAAUGCGGAUGAAGCCAUAAAUUUAUACAGGAGUGCGCUUCAGGUUUUCAAGGAUUCAGGUUUUAUGGAGUUAGAUGACAACGUAAUGGAGAAAACAAGGAUAGAUUUGGCAGAAUUACUUCAUGCAGUAGGAAGAGGAGAAGAAGGCCGUGAGCUUCUUAGGGAAUGCUUGUUGAUUACUGAGAAAUAUAAAGGAAAAGAACAUCCCAGCUCAGUUGCUCAUCUUAUAAAUCUUGCAACCUCCUAUUCACGCUCCAAGGAUUUUGUGGAGGCUGAACGCCUGCUGCGGACAAGUUUACAGAUCAUGAUGAGGACUGUUGGUCCUGAUGAUCAGUCCAUCACCUUCCCUAUGUUACAUCUUGCAGUUAUUCUCUACAAAUUAAAGCAGGAUGAAGAAGCUGAGCAACUUGCCCUGGAGGUUUUGCGCAUCCGUGAGAAUGCAUUUGGCAAAGAAUCUCUUCCAGUUGGGGAGGCCCUUGACUGUUUGGUGUCCAUUCAGACUAGAUUAGGGAAAGAUGACCAGGAAUUACUGAAGCUGCUUCAGAGGGUUUUGAGAAUUCAAGAGAGAGAGUUGGGCAAUGAGAGUUUGGAGGUUACAGAAACCCUAAAAAAGAUUGUGUUCUACUUGGAUAAACUGGGGUUGAAGGAUGAGAAAUUUCCUCUACAAAGAAGAUUGUCUCAGCUUAGAAACAGAUACAAACAAACGGUUCAGUAUUAGUAACACUAUACACAAACAAAUGCCCUUGUACUCCGCACAGUGGUAGAAUUUGGAAUCUGCCUAAUUUAUUUAUUUAUUUUUUUCUGAGAGAAUGAAGGCAACAUGUGCUAUUCCUGAGGUGCUUUGGCCUUGCCCUUGCUCAUGGUUACAUUUCCAGUUCCCAUGUUUUUUCUCCCUUCAUGGCUGGGAUUUCUCCCUACGGGGCAGUAUUUGUUGCUAUGCUCGGCUGUUAUCGGUUUUGUGUGGCUUCAUGGUGCCAAGCUUGCUGGCUCUGGCUGUUUUGCGUCUCUACGGUGGUAGAUUUUAGCUGGUUUUGGCUUCUUUUAUUUUGUUGCCUUUCUGGCUUCUUGGCCUUUGUUAAAUGUAUGGCCUUUGGGGUUUCAUUCCCCUUGUAAAUUUGUAUAUUAUGUUGUUUUAUACAUUAUUUAUUUACCUAAAUAGAAACAUUAUAUCCUUCUA